AUGGAAGGCUUUGACAGUGUGGCGGAGCAUAUUCGACCAAUAGGUGCAACUAAUAGACCUCAAGAACUUGACGAGACCGCAAGGCGACGACUCACAAAGAGACUGUACAUUCCACUUCCCACUUUAGUUCCAAAAGCAAGAUCGUGGAUCAUAAAGAACCUGCUGGAGAAAGAUGGAUUGUUUAACCUUUCUGACAAAGAUACUGAUACUAUUUGCAAAUUAACUGAAGGGUACUCGGGUUCUGAUAUGAAGAAUUUGGUGAAAGAUGCUCCAAAGGGACCACCGAGAGAGGCUUUGAAACAGGGUAUUGAAAUAACUAAGCUGAAGAAAGAGGAUAUGAGGGCAGUAAAUCUUCAGGACUUUGAGAAAGCACUACAAGAGGUGAGGCUUUCAGUCUCACUCAACGAGUUCGGCACGUACGAGAAGUGGAACGAGCAAUUUGGGAGCAUAUCAUUGUGA